AUGCCCCCUCUGAAUGCAUGGGUUGCACCCUCUACCGAGUGGUGGGAGAUUGGGGUCAUGGGUGACGUCAGCCGUACAAUGGGUGAAAAUAACUGUCCUCGAUUUCAUGCUGCAAAGCUGUUGCGCGAUCCUGUCUUGGAUCCCUCUUGCAAGUCCAAAGUGUACAGAAUUGACGGUGUGGUUGUUGGAGCAUCUUGUCCCAGUCCCACACCCGUCGUUGAUCCUCGCAUAUCGCCACAACUGCGAAUGUUUUGCAGGAAGUCUAACUCGGAUCUUCCAAUCCCGAACUUUAAGUUUGAUACCUAUUUCAUAGUUCCAUGUCCUGAAAAAGAAGUUACAUUUUCCAAUUUGAACGACAAUAUAAAUGUCAAAAACUUGGAAAAAAUGUGCAAGGAGUUCGGGACAAUCGAAGAGGCCAAGGUUUAUUUUCAUCCACAAUCUCAGAAGCACAUGGGAGUUGGAAAGGUGGUUUUUCAGUCUGCCAAAGGCGCCAAGCUUUGUGUUGAAAAACUAAAUAAUACUUCAAAAAUGGGGAAUAUUAUGAAAGUUGAACUUGAUACGUUUGGCGAAAAGAGGUAUGCGCUGCUGGAUUAUCUACAGCGUGAAAUGUCUCGGGAUCAAUGUUCGAAAUUUCAAUCCAAUUUUUUGCGUAACUUUAUGAACAAAUCUUUGCCUGCUACGAACUCUACCGAAAGUGAUUUUCUAAUGCCUCGGUCAACAAACCACGGAAAUCGUGGUUGUCAUCGAAAUAAUUCACCUUUUUGGACGGAUUCGCAUGGUGCAAUAGACGAGGACUCGGAAAUACGUCCGUUCAAGCGAUCUGGUCCGUCCAUUCUCCAGUCCAUUUACCAUUCCACUCUCACUGAUUUUCCGAUGUCAUCGCAUUCAAUUAAUGGGAUUCCCUUUCCUAAAGAGGAUCCUUUAGAUGUUCGGAUACAGAAAUUAUUGCAUUCUACUACCUCUGGUUCGCCAUUUUCAUCGAAGGAGUCGAAGAACAAUGUCGCCAUGAAGCCGCAAAAAAAAACGCCUUUGUUGUCUGACACCUUUCCUGAUAAGGCGAAACCAGCGCCGCUUCUUCAGAGUCCUCUUAUGCCAACGCCGCCCUCCUCAGUGUCAUCUUAUUCACAUAACAUAAAAAAUGAAUCCCAAGUUCCCCCAAAGGCUGUUGUAGCGCGCAGGACUUUGUUGCCUACCCCUUUUGAUGAGGACAUUAAGACUGAGGGUAAACAUGUUCAGCAGACCUCAAAGGAGCCUUUACUGCAGGCUUCUCCGAAGUUCACGAUGGAUUUUUCUCAUGUUACCAGACUAGCUGCAGAAACUUCCCUCCAAUUUGUCCGCGAACUGCGCGAUAUCAUUAGGAAAGAUCUGGAACGCCGUCUGAUUGAAGGAUAUGCGUUUCGUUCUUUCGAUAGCUGGUGGGAAUCUCAACAAUCGCGCGAGUUCCACGAGAACAUUUCCCCAAGUGAGCGUCUGAUCAAGUCACAAUCGGAAUCAACUUCCUAUCAAUUGCCUUCUGCUCACGCGAAAGCGGUUGACGCAAACAGUUUUGACCACCGGUCGGAUGCAUCCCUAUCCGUCACUGGUGGUUUGGGCAUUUUUAGCGGCCUCCGUACUGCGCUGCCAAAAAUUAAACGGAAGCCGAAGCCUCCGAGUCCACCAAGGAAAGCCUCUACGCCUCAUCGGCAUCGUAAAAGAAGUGCUUCGAAAUCCCGUUCGCAUCGCAGGAGAGAGCGAUGUCAUGCCGAAAUGAGGAGGAAGUGGCGGCAUAGACGUUUAGAGUCAUCAUCAUCGUCUCCUUCUUCUUCAAUGUCUCGAGACGUUUCUCCGACUCCGUCGGAUUCGACAGAACCUACAGUUGCUUCUCCUUCUAAGUUUGCGAUGCGUAAAUCUGAAGUUAAUAAGCGGUGUGUCAACUUUGAUAUAGGAGAGGUUUCGCGACGUUCAUCCAAAUCAGUUCACUCGCCCGUUAUGUCAAAGCGCAGUUUCACCUCCACUAGGCGUAGUGACAGCUCCCCAUCUACCACUGUUCAACAAGUCAGUCCCAAUCGGCGAAAAGUGAUGUUUAAAGACAGUAUUUGUCGGUCUUCUUCUUCCUCGCCAUCGGCUUCAUUGUCGCUUUCGAGGCGACAUAAAAAACGGGAACCGGUUGAGCUACAUUCAUCAACUAUUAAUCCUGCCUGUGGCAAACCCACUCUUCGAGUUGAUGACGUUUUUAAUGAUAGCUCCUCGGAUUCUAGUGUCAAUGAUGCCGAUCGUUCAAGAUGCUUGUCUGAAGGCAAUCAAGGUGCCAUACCUACCGCUGAAACUUCUACUGAGAGGUGCACUUCGAAGUCUGGAUCGUCAUCUCCGUUGACUUCCAAUGAGAGUCAUCAAAGGGAGUUCUCUCCUUCAACCUCGCUUUUGCCAAAAAUGACAGAAGCACAUGAUUUGCUCAAGUCAAGUGCGAAAUGUGCUGAUGAAUCCUCCAUUAGAUUGAGUUCCCUCAGCAGUGAUGAUGAAGAUGAUCCUUUGGAAAUGCGACUUCAGCAGAUAAGACUGAACCGACAUCGGAGAGCAAGUAAACGUCAACGAAGUGCAAGGAAUAAGGCAGAUCAAAAAGCAGCAGGUGGCGAGACGUCGCCCUCCUCCCAACCGUCCAUGUGGUCUAACGACUCCUUGGCGCGAUCACGGCAGAAUUUGAAGAACGCGUCAACUUUAGCUGACAGUGAAGAAGGGGAUGAUGAAGAGAAAAGCUCUCAGAGAGCGAGUCAUGCAAAGAGGAGCUCUAAUACGACCGAUGCUUCCGUCCUUUCGAAGCGUAAUCAAUCAACAUUGGAUGUUUGUUCACGCUUUGGGACGGACAGCGAACCCUCGAGUGGCUCCGAUGCUACUCCACAAGUGGAACAUGCUGCUCCGCAAAGACGGAGUCCAAAUCGGCCCAAAUUCCAUCUUUCCUCGGAGGAGUCUUCCCUACCUCUCAAUGAAUUUGAAGAGGCCGAAGAAGGGGAAGAUGAUGGUGAUGGCGAAUCGUACGAAGGCUAUCACACCCCUCCGACUUCCACAUCUCGACGAAAACGGAAAUUGGCUCUUCAUCAGAUCAGAAGCGUGAAAGGCACUGCCAACAACAAGCGGAAAAUCUCUCCUGCUACCACUACUGCAAAUCAGGAUGGAUGUGGUGUUAUGCCGUUGUGGCGAUCGGACUCUAAGAGUUCUUUAUUUUCAGACUCCAGACGGGAGGUUUUAAAGGAAGGUAACGAUGAGGCAUACGUAUCGAAACUACUCUCAUCUCCACAAACGCAGUUGGGUUGGCCAGAAAACAGUAGACCUCCGGUCCCUUCUCUCUUUUCCGCUGAGUUGGAGGGUGAUUCUUCAGACUCCUGCGAAGUCGUUGAGGUGAUCCAAGGUGAUUACCGGUGGCCAGAAGCCCUGCUCUGUGAGCACAACUAUUUUCACAUUCCGUCUCCUGGUGGUACAAUCACUUAUCGAACGUCAAGACGUGUUGCGCGUCGGCGGGCCUCCGUACUGGCCUCGAUGCAAGAGAAUGCUACUCCAAUCGCAACACCAAUACAACGACCCACAAGCAAUUGCGUAACUUCUCUGCCGCCAGGAACGGUGAAGCCUCUCAUUGUCCAUCGCUCCUCCUCCUCACUCCCUGGCUCUGGGCUGUUGCAGGAUCGGACAGGCAACCGAAUGCCGAUCAGAUGCGACACAGUUCAACCGCGCAGUCAGGAGUAUAAAAGACCACCUCCGCGGCGGGCUGUCGUUGGAUCGAGGGAACUGGCAAACUUAUUAACUCCUGUGGAGAAGUCGGAUGUUAAACGUAGUGCUCAACAAUCAGAAUAUCGGCAGUCUUUGAGGACAUUCAGUCCUCGUUCCCUCCAAGAUGAGGAAACUAUUUUGACAUCAUUUGUCGACUUCGGUAUCGACUCUGAAGAUGUGGAGCUGCUGCAUGAGUUGUUUAAUCUCAUUCGAGAGUGCGGAUCCUCAACAAACGCCCAGUUACUCUCCUCUAUCAUCUCGUUGGCUCACAUCCGCCAUCCCCACAAGCUGCUUGACUUAAUAAAAAAUACAGCCUGGGUCGAUCAUCCCCCAUCUUUGGUGCCUGAUCCCCUUGAUGUGGAGGGCUAUGUUGACUGUAAUGGUCGGCUUCAUCGUGGUCGUCCCACCUCCUUUAUUGGUGUUGUUAACCCCUCCACGCGGAAGCGUCGGCGUGGAGUGCUUCGCAAUUGUCAAAGCAAGCGGUCGAAAUUUGAACCCGUACACCAAGAAGUAUCCGAGCAAUACUCUUCUACGUCAGAUCAGCCUUCUGACGUGGAGUCGAAUUCUGACUCACCAGUGUGUGAUGAUGAUUCCCUAUCAUGUUCGGGUAAAUCACUCUCUGCACCCUCCUUGCAGAAACGCAAGUUAUACGAGCAGAUGUAUGCUUUAGAGCAAAGACGGGCUGCUCUUUGUUCCAAAAGCGGUAACCGUGUUAAGCGAAGAAAUAAAUCCACGGCUGAUGAAAUCGACUUUAAUUUGGGUCCUGCUGCUUCUUGUCCACCGAUCAACUCUACUGGUGAGAACCACAUUCCUCCUUUGAUCAUUCUCUUUUGUGUCAUUUUCCUACCCUCAGGUUGUGCACGAACUCAAGGCUUCUACCGGCUGGAUCCAAGCCAGCGUUUUCGUCGAUCCUGGUGCGUAGGACGAAGCAUGGUAUCCGAGGAUGGAACUCAACGGUAUCCUCUUCCACUCAUUCCAGCCUCGGUGGAGCUGAAUGCCAUCACUGCUGCUCACGGUCUUGCCGAUGAGCUUACCGAACAGGCGAGUGAGGCGAAGCGCAAGAAGGUGACACAGGCGCGCGAAGUUCGCUCUGUUCAGCGACGUCUACUCGCCGAAUUUCAGGACAUUGAAACAGGUGAUCUGCUCAAGUUCAACCACUUAGAGUUUCGACGUAAACAGUUAAUCUUUGCCAAAUCGCCGAUUCAUCACUGGGGUUUGAUUGCGCUGGAGCCAAUAGCUGCCGAGGAGAUGGUGAUCGAGUACGUUGGUCAUGUCAUUCGCAAGGGUGUGGCUGAACUUCGUGAGAAGCGGUAUGAACAGCGUGGAAUUGGGUCUUCCUAUCUCUUCCGCAUUGAUGAUGAAUUUGUUAUUGACGCCACGAUGUACGGCAAUAAUGCUCGUUUCAUCAAUCACAGCUGUCAGCCAAAUUGCUAUGCCAAAGUGAUAACGGUGGAAGGCCGCAAGAAAAUAGUGAUUUACUCUAAGCGCGAUAUACAGGUAAUGGAGGAGAUCACCUACGACUACAAAUUCCCCUACGAGGAUGAAAAGAUACCCUGCCUAUGCGGUGCUCCGCAGUGCCGUGGAACUCUCAAUUAA